GUGCCCUCCCCGAUGCUGUCGCCUCCUCAGCUCCACCCGAGCAUGCACCAGCCUCCCACCUACCAGCAGCCGCAUCCCUACCACCACCAGCCGCCGUACCCGCAGCAGCAUCCGCCGCCGCAUCCGCCGGCCGCCGCCUUCCAGCCGACCGCCGCUGGCUGGGGCGGCUCUCCGCUGGGCACGAUGGAGCUGGCGGCGGUCAGGUCUCAGGUGGCCGCGCUGGCGGAGGAGAACGCGCACCUCCGCGGCGUCAACUCUGACCUGCGCGAGACGUGCAGUCACCUCAGCAGCGAGAUGGCCAAGAUCAAGCGUGCGUUCGGAGCCCUCUCCAACCUGGUCGACGCGGAGAUUGAGGGCGUGCACAGCGACGCGGCGAAGCUGCGUGCGGAGAUCACGCCGCUCAAGGAGGCCCGGUCGGCGCUGCAGGCCGGCGCGGAUCGCCAGGACGCCGAGCUGACGCAGACGCGUGCGCUGCUCGAGGAGCACUCGCGCGGCGCGGAGGAGUGGGCGCGCGGCUUGUCUGCCGACGUGGAGACGUUGCGGCGCGAGGCGGCGGAGAGGUGGCGCCUCUGCGUCGAGGAUGCGCGCGAGCGGAGCCGGGCGACGGAGGAGCUCAAGGCGGAGGUGCUGGCGCAGGCGGAGGCGACGCGAGUCGUGGCCGAGUACCAGCAGGAGCUGCGCGAGGAGACGGCGAGGCAGCGAGAGGCGCACGCCGAGGCGGGCCGCAAGCUCGCGUCCGUCGAGGCGGCCGAGGAGGAGGUGCGGAAGGCAGGCGCAAAGGCGGUGCAGUCG